AUGGAGCAGAGCGGGGACAGUAGCUGGGCACCCCGGAGCAAUGUCCUGGCUCCUGUGGAGCAGGAUAUCGGUGGCCCUGAGAUGCCCCAGGUGUCUGCAGGCUUCCCCCGGAGAGCGGCAACUGCUUGGCCUACGUCCACCUACAGCCUCCAGUACUACUACGACGCUGCCACAGACAGUUGCAAGGAGUUCAUCUAUGGGGGCUGUGGGGGCAAUGGGAACCUGUGGGCAGGCAACUUGAGCUGGCUGGACGGGGACGACCUCCUCUUCCCAGGGGACCUCUGCCGGUUCCUACCAGACACCGGCAACUGCAGGACUCACGCCUCGCGCUAUUACUACAACUGGGUCACCAGGACCUGCCAACAGUUCACUUACGGCGUCUGCCAGGGCAAUGCUAACAACUUUAAGACCCGCUUGGAGUGCGAGAAGAGGUGCAAAGUGGGCGGCAAGGGGCUGAGCCUGCCAGGACCGGACGCUGCGAGAGGCAUGGAGGCACCGGGGCGAUGGCCGGACGUGCAGGGAAGGGUGAAGCUGGACAUCUGCAGGCUCCCCCCAGAACAAGGCAUGUGCGCACGGCGCCUCAUACGCUACUACUACAACUGGGUGUUCAGGAGAUGCCAACAGUUCAUUUAUGGCGGCUGCCAGGGCAAUGCUAACAACUUUAAGACCCUCCUGGAGUGCGAGAACACGUGCAAGGUGGGCGGGAAGGGGAUGAGCCUGCCAGGGCCGGACGCUGCGAGAGGCAUGGCGGCACCGGGGCGAUGGCCGGACGUGCAGGGAAGGGUGAAGCUGGGGAGACCCGGCAGGUGCCCCCAGCCCAAGGGCGUAGGGAGCUGCCUGUAUUGGUGCAAGAAUGAUGAGCAGUGUCCUUGGGGGCAGAAAUGCUGCAGCAAUGGCUGUGGCCGUGUCUGCAUGGGGGCCGUAUGAAGAGGGCAGCCCCCAGAGUGACCCCACGGACAGCGGGGCCUGCGGGUCCUGGACCUCCCACGGACCGUCCUGGCUCCAGACACCAAUGUGGCACGUGACCCCAGCAUCAGCAAUCUGCUUCCCGCACCGCCCUCCCCACACGAUCGCAGCUCCUUCCUGCAGCAAUAAAGACCCCGCUUUGCGGCUUCCUGCAACCUC